CACUGUUGUGUGUGUGUCUGUGUAUGUCUGUCUGUGUAUUGCAGCUCCACCCUGACAGCGAUCCCUCGAACCCGAGUCUUCACAGCCGGUUCGUGGCCCUGAGCGAGGCAUACCAGGUGCUGAGUAAGGAGUCCUCGCGGAGGCAGUACGAUGCCACCCUGCGCCUCCGGCCAGCAUCGGGAUCAGGGAGCAGAGGAGACCCCUACACCUACCCCUCCUCACACAGCCCAGGGUCCGCCGGCUCUCGGUACUGGGAGCAGUUUGGCUCCGCCCCCCCCGCGGGGUUGGACAGGAAGAGGAGGCGGAACCUGUGGCUGGUGGGGUGCUGCGUGCUGGUGAUGCUGGGCAGCCUGGGGGCGCACUACUUCGGAUUCAGGUUGGUAUUGAUUGUUAGUGGAUUUCCUCUCUGCAGGAUGAACGGGUUGAAGAAACAGCAAGAGAUUCUUCGUCAGAAACACGCCGAGUUCGUGGAGAAAUACAGGAAACCCCGAGAGAAAUAAAGUGACUGAAACGAGGGCUGAGGCACAGCGCACGAUACAGGAAAACACUGGAUUCACACUGUGUGUGUGUGUGUGUGUGUGUGUGUGUGUGUGUGUGUGUGUGUGUCAGUGUGUGUG